AUGUCGGAGAGCUUUAGUAUAAAUACAGAAGUGAGACAAGGGGACGGGAUUUCCCCCACUCUUUUCAACAUAGCGAUUGAAGAAGCUCUACAACAAGUAAAAAAUCUAAAGAGAGGCUUAAAAUUGGGUGUAGACUUAAAUGUCAUGGCCUUUGCAGAUGAUGUGGUGAUAUUGGCUGAAAAGUCGGAGGAUUUAGCAAAAUUAGCCGCAAACGCUGACUUCAUUGAGCGAUCAGCAAACAAAUGCCAAGCAGCGUGGACGAUAGUAAGGCGAGUUUCUGGAGAGAAGAAGGAGGUCAGCAACAACCAUUCUGCCGAGGACUUCAAUAGAUUCUUCAUCGACUCCGUAAACGAUGUUCGAGCCAGCAUUCCUGUGAGUCCCCUGCCUGCGGAUCACUUCCUGCAGCAAGUGAAGAGGCCCAGCACCCAACUUGAGUGGAAUGAAGUGUCAUGUGAUGAUGUGCUCAGUGCAGUGUCAAAAAUGAAAUCCUCAAAAAGCAAAGAUGUUUUGUCUACCGUGGAUGCCCUGGACCACCUUGUUUCUAAGAUUUUGAGAGCUUUUGAGGAGUCGAGCUUUGCUCAGAUCACAGCUUGUGAUCUGAGUAAAGCAUUUGACUGUAUUGAUCACAACAUACUCAUCACUAAGCUGGAGUACUAUGGCAUCCGCGGUAUACAGCUUAAGUUUUUUGAUUCAUACCUGAGAGAGAGAACUCAAUUCGUUGAUGCAGGAGGCAAGAUGUCAAGCUGCUUGAAAGUUAGCUCAGCUGGAAAGCGUCCACUGGGUAGACCAAAAAUGAGGUGGUAUGACCAAGUUAAGAGAGAUGUGAGUCAGUGUGGAGGGACAGUGGAGAUGGCAGCGGACAGAGAAGCGUGGAAGAGGCUGAUCUACGAGGCGAAGAAUCGACUGCGAUUUGUAGCGCCCCAGCAAUAA